UAUCAAGCCUCCUCGUUAACCCUAUAAAAUAGGAGAGAGAAAGAGUGUCUGAUUGGAAUACGAAGCUUAGGUUGGGUUCCAAAGAAGUAAGCUUAGGUUACGCUGUCAAAUUUCUUCGUCACUUUCUCAAUUUCCUUCAAAAUUUUCAAAAUUUCCCCCAAAUUCUGCAGUGAUAGAACAAAUCUCCUUCUACUCGAACACUCCUAGCUCAUCAUUGGUUACUCUUACUUCCUCUUUCCUAAUUUCGUCGAAUUUCAUUGAUUCUUUCCAGCUGCCUGCUUUUUUUGGAGAGUGAAAGCAGUGCAAGAAGGGUUUGGAGCAUCUGAGCAUGCAACUCUUCUUACUAGGGAUUUUAUCUCUCAUGGACAAAGCUGAUAUAUUUUUAACUUGCAAAGGUCAUAAAGAAUGAAGUUUAUCAUUGUCGGAUGAUUACUUUGGAAAGAUGGAUGCAAAAGUAGUUCAUAUUAUAGAAACAGAAGUAUCUGAUUUUUCUGUUAGAGACAACUCGAGGGAUAGAGACUAUGAAAACAAUGUUGGUUGUGAACAACCACUUUUGGCAGUCAAGUCAGUUGUUGAAGCGGUAGAUCAGGGAUUGGCGUCCGAACCAGCGGCUGAGGGCAUGAAACAUAAAUCACGAGAUGAUGUUCCAGAGGCUGACACAAACAUAGAGAGUGUGCCGGAAGUGGAAGAACAUGCUGCUAAAACUGAAGUAGUUGAGCUUCAUGCACAAAAAGAUGUAGAUCAGGAGUUGAUUCCUGAAAUGAUGGAUGAAAAAGCAGUUGCUAUUGUGGAAAAAGAAGUUCCUGAUGUUUCUAUUCGAGGCAGUUCAGGGGCACACUUGAAUUCUGGUCCCAGGCAAAUAGAAGAUAGAGAAUAUGGAGACCAUGUUGAACAACUAUCUUUGCCAGUCAAGUCAUGUGUUCACGGGCAGGAAUAUGAACCAUCUUAUUUAGUGGUGAAGGACUUGGAACAUAGAACAACAGUUGAUCUUCCUGAAAUUGACACAGAGAUGGAGGAUGCCAAGGAAGUGCUAGAACGAGCUGUCGAUUCUGCAGCAGUUGAGUUGCCAAGAGAACAAGAAGUGAAUGAGGAUCUGGUUUCUGUAAGGAUAGACACAGAAGUAGUUCCUACUGUAGAAAAAGAAGUUUUUGAUGUUUCUAGUGGAAGCAGCCUGAACUUAGAUUCUGGUUCUACACAAGCGGGAGUUAGAGAAUAUGGAGACCAUGCUAUUAAUAAACAACCACCUUUGCCAGUCAAGUCAUUAGACAAAGUUAUAGAUCAGGUACCAGAAUAUGAACCUAGCCUUUCGGUGUCCGAGCACUCGGAACGUAGAACAACAGAUGAUUUCCACGAGGUUGACUCAGAGAUAGAGGAUGUGAAGAGAUUGCAAGAACAAGCUGCUGAUACUGAAGCAUUUGAGUUGCCCAAAGAACAAGAAGUAGAUAAUAAAUUGGUUUCUGAGAAGAUGGAUGCUAAAGUAGUUCAUAUUGUUGAAGAAGUUCCUGAUGUUUCUCUUGAAGGCAGCCUGCAUUUGGGUUCUUAUCCUAGCCAAGUUGGAGAUAGAGAAGAUGUAACCCAUCUCACAAAUGAACAACCACCUUUUCCAGUGAAUACAAUCGAUGAAGGUGUAGAUCACGGACUGGAAUAUGUACCAGAGUCUUCAGUGGCUGAGAACUUGGAACAUAGAGCAACAGGCGAUUUUCAUGAGGUUGACUCAGCAAUGGAGGAUGUUAGGGAAAUGGAAGAACAAGCUGUAAAUAGUGAUUUGCCAAAAGAACAAGUAGUAUAUCAGGAACUGGAAUCUGAAAAGACUGAUGCAGAAGUAGUUCCUAUUGUGGAAACAGGAGUUCCCAAUGUUUCUAUUAGAGGCAGCCUGGACUUGGAUUCUGAUCCCAGGCAAGCUGAAGAUAGAAGUAAUGAAGACCAUACUGCUUAUGAACAACCACCUUUUCCAAUCAACUUAAUUGAUAAAGGUUUAGAUCAUGGGGAGGAAUAUGAACCAGGCUCUUCAGUUGCCAGGCACUUGGAACAUAGAACAACAGGUGACAUUCAUGAGGUGGACACAUACAUUGAGGAUGUUAAGAAAGUCCAAGAGCAAGCUGCCAUUAUGGAAGUAGCCAAGUCUCCUAAAGAACAAGAUGUAGAUCAGAAGCUUGUUCAUGAAAAAGUUGUUGCGAAAGCUCCUAUCGUGGAAACAGAAGUUCCUAAUGUUUCUAAUGGAGGCAGCUCAGUGGAAGACGUGGAUUCUGGUCUCAGACAAGUUGGAGAUAUAGACUAUAAAGAUAAUGGUUCUCGUGAGCAACCAUCUUUACGAGUCAAGUCAUUUUAUAAUGGUGAACAUCAUGUUCCAGGCUCUCCAGUGGCUGAACGUCUGGAACAUGGAGUAAUAGAUGACAUUCAUGAGUUUGACAGAGACGUGGAGAAUGGUAAAGAAAUACCAGAACAAGUUGCCAGUACUGAAGCAGUUGAAUUGCCUGAUGAACAAGAAGUAGAUCAAGAGAUGGUUUGCAAAAAGAUGGAUGCAAAAAUUGCUUCUAUCAAGGAAAUAGAAGUUCCUAUUGGUUCCAUUGGAGGUAGCCCAUCGACAAACUUAAAUUCUAGUUCUAGACAAAUUAGAGAGGGAGAAAUUGGAGACCGUGCUGCUUAUGAACAUCAAUCUUUGCCUAUCAAGUCAUCUGUUGAAGGUGUAGAUAACGGACUGGAAUAUGAAGCGGCCUCUAUAGUGGAUGAGAAACCAGAGCAUGGAGCAGUAGGUGAAUUUCACGAGGUUGACACAAACAUGAAUGAUGUUCAGGAAGCGCCAAAACAAGCUGCCAAUAAUACUCAAGCAAUUGAUUUGCCCAAAGAACUUGUAGUAGAUCAGGGCCUGGUUUCUGUUCAAAUGGAAACAAAUGUAGUUCUUGUUGUGGAAGCAGAAGUUCCUGAUGUUUGUACUAGAAGUUGCCCAGGGGUAGAUAUGGAUUUGGGUCCUAUACAUAGUGGAGAUAGAGAAUAUGGAGAUGCUGCUGCUUGUGAACAACCACUGUUGCUUGCAAUGCCAUUGGUCAAUCGUGUACAUCAAGGACUGGAGUAUGAACCAGGAUCGUCAGUGACUGAACGCUUGGAACAUAGUGCUACGGAUGAUGUUGAAGGCGUCAAUAAUGGACUGGAAUAUGAAGCAGGCUCUACGGUGGACAAGAACCCAGAGUAUGAAGCAAUAGGUGAAGUGCAUGAGGUUGAUACAAUCAUGGAUGAUGUUCAGGAAGUGCAAGAACAAGCUGCCAAUAAUACUGAAGCAAUUGAGUUAACCGAAGAACAAGGAGUAGAUCAGGAUCCAGUUUCUGGAGAAAUGGAAACAAUAGUAGUUCUUGUUGAGGAUACAGAAGUUCCUGAUGUUUGUAGUGGAGGUAGUCCAGGGGUAGGUAUGAAUUCUAGUCCUAUAUAUAUUGGAGAUGAAUCUGGAGAUGAUGCUGCUUGUGUACAACCACCUUUGGUCGUCAAGGAGUAUGAACCAGGCUCUUUAGUGACUGAACGCUUGGAAGAUAUUGCUACAGAUGAUGUUGAAGGUGUAGAUAACAAACUGGAAUAUGAAGCACUCUCUAUUGUGGAUGAGAACCCAGAAUAUGAAGCAAUAGGUGAAGUUCAUGAGGUUGAUACAAACAUAGAUAAUGUUCAGGAAGGGCAAGAACAAGCUGCCAAUAAUACUGAAGUAAUUGAGUUGCCCGAAGAACAAGGAGUAGAUCAAGAUCCAGUUUCUAGACAAAUGGAAACAAAAGUAGUUCUCAUUGAGGAAACAGAAGCUGCUAAUGUUUGUACUGGUGGUAGUCCAGGGGUAGAUAUGGAUUCUGGUCCUAUAUAUAUUGGAGAUGAAUAUGGGGACGAUGCUGCUUGUGAACAACCACCUUUAGUAGUCAACGAUGUAGAUCAAGGACUAGAGUAUGAACCAGGCUCAUCAGUGACUGAACGCUUGGAAUGUAGUUCUACAGAUGAUGUUGAAGGCGUAGAUACCAGACUGGAAUAUGAAGCAGGCUCUAUGGUGGACGAGAACUCAGAGUGUGGAGCAGUAGGUGAAGUUCAUAAGGUGGAUAAAAACAUAGAUAAUAUUCAGGAAGUGCAAGAACAAGCUGCCAAUAAUACUGAAGUAAUUGAGUUACCCAAAGAACAAGGAGUAGAUCAGGAUCCAGUUUCUGGACAAAUUGAAACAAAUGUAGCUCUCGUUGAGGAUACAGACGUUCCGGAUAUUUGUACUGGAGGUAGUCCAGGGGUAGAUAUGGAUUCUGGUCCUAUAUAUAUUGGAGAUGAAUCUGGAGACGAUGCUACUUGUGAACAACCACCUUCGGUCGUCAAGUUAUUUGUCAAUGACGUAGAUCAAGGACUGGAGUAUGAACCAGGCUCAUCAGUGAAUGAGCACCUGGAUGCUCCCCAUGAGGUUGACACCAACAUAGAGGAUGUACAGGAAAUGCUAGAACAAGCUGUCAGUAACGAAGCUGUUGAGUCACUUCAAGAACAAGAUCAGGAGCUGAUUCCUCGUUCAGUAAAGACUCGGAGCAAAGAAGAAAAGAGUGCUAAGCGCUCAUUUCCAAAAUCUGGAAGCUUGAUGAAAGAUCACCGUGUUAGCUAUCAGCUACCACCGGAAAAUGAAGGAGAUUUCACUGUCUUUGACUUGGUAUGGGGCAAGGUAAAGAGCCAUCCUUGGUGGCCUGGGCAAAUAUUUCAUCCUUCUGAUUCCUCAGAGAAGGCUAUGAAAUAUUAUAGAAAGGAUUGCUAUUUGGUGGCAUAUUUUGGAGACCGGACAUUUGCGUGGAAUGAAGCAUCAGUGUUAAAGCCAUUUAGGAAUCAUUUUCCCCAGGCGGAAAGGCAAAACAAAUCAGAAGCAUUCCAAAAUGCAGUGAGUUGUGCUUUGGAAGAGGUUGCUAGAAGGGAGGAAUUUGGGUUGGCCUGUUCUUGUUUAUCUGAAGAAGUCUAUGACAAGAUCAAGUAUCAAAUGGUUGAGAACACUGGGAUAAGGGAAGAGUCAAGUAGAAGGGAAGGAGUUGAUAGAUCUACAGGCGUGGAUUCCUUUCAACCUAAUAAACUCAAAGAGUAUGUAAGAACAGUUGCACUUUUCCCAACCAGUGGUGUAGACCGGCUUGAGCUUUUGAUAGCAAAAUCGCAACUAUUAGCUUUUAAUCGAUUGAAAGGUUAUGAUGCGCUUCCCAAGUUCCAGUAUCACGAGGGGUUGGUGGAAUGUGACGCUGAUACACCUUUUAGGGAUCAGAGCACAAGUGAGAAUGAGCAUGCAGAUUCAGUGGCUGGAGUUGAUGCCAAGAAAGGCCCUCAUAAACGUAAACAUGAUUUGAAAGAUAUUGUUUACCAAAGGAGAAAAGAAAAAAGCAUGACAGAAUUAAUGAGUGAGUAUUACCUUGAUGGUGAAUUUGAUUCACAUGAGGAAGAUGAUUUUAGUUUGGCUUCCCCUAGUGCCGCAUUUUCUGGCACUAAGCGAAAAGCUUCAGGGUUUCUUACAGAUGAUUCCACAGCUCAGCAGAGAAUUAAAACUAUCUCCCUAGCUAAGGUUUCACAUGCAGCAUCUUCGAAUCCGCAGCAAUCCUUUAAAGUUGGUGAAUGUAUUCGUAGAGUUGCAAGUCAGCUGACAGGAUCUUCCGCUAUCAUCAAAGGUUGUAGUGAAGGAAGCGACACUAAGCAUUCAGUGGAUGAUGCUGAUGAAGUAUCACAAUCUCCUGAUGAUGAUAUGACUGAAAGCACACCAACACAGUCAAAGGAGUCUACUUUGGAUGAGAUGCUCUCACAGCUUCACUUAUCUGCUCGAGAUCCCAUGAAAGGAUACAGCUUCUUGGUUGACAUAAUCAGCUUUUUCUCCAAAUUUAGAAAUUUAGCUGUCACAACCCAGCGACAAAAGAUGCGCAAAGGGUCUGGUAGAAAACGGAAGUCUUCUGUUCCUGUUGUUGGGUCCCCAGAGACUUUUGAAUUCGAUGAUAGAAAUGACUCCUACUGGAGAGACAUGGUUAUCCAAGAUAAUGCUGAAGCUAAACCGGCCCGACGUGUUCGUAAGAGAAAGGAUGAAAAGCUUGUCUCUGGUGAUUCUGAGAAGCCUCUUCGACCGAACCGUAGAAAUAAUUCCAGGAAACAGUAUCAUCAUGACAAUCAUGAAUCAGCCCCUGAGAUGUCAACUAGGGAUGAGAAGAAGCUGGACCUGCCUACAGAGCUCAUGCUAAACUUUGGUGAGAUGAGUUCUGUUCUUUUAGAGGCGAAUUUGAACAAAAUGUUCAGGCGAUUUGGGCCUCUGAAGGAAUCUGAGACAGAAGUAGAUAUGCAAAGCAGUCGUGCUAGAGUGGUAUUUAAGAAGCGUUCAGAUGCUGAAGUUGCUUAUAGUAGUGCUGCAAUGUUUAACAUUUUUGGGUCAACACUAGUCAAUUACCAGCUUAACUAUACACCUGCUUCCUUGUUAAACUCACCCCUCACAAUGACUGAUGCGAAAACGGAUGCAACUUGAUGUCAUACGGACUUUAUUCCACCAGGAAUAGUGUCAGAAAGUUGAGAAACGAAAUGUAAAAGUAAGCACUAUGCUUAAGGUGUUUGAUUGAAGAGGAGCAUCUCAUUUGAGCUUGGGUGGAGUUCUACAGAUUUAGGAGGAGCAUCCCUCUUGAGAAUAGAUGGAAUUUUCAAGAAUUAAGUCAGGUGUACUGGAAUUAAGAAGCAAGCACCUAACAGCAAUUUUGAGUGAAGACAUCCAAAUUAGCGAGGCACCCAGUCAUGAGCAUGUUAAUUGGAUAAAUUGGUUGGAGCUAAAUGGUAACUGUUGUAUAGUGGUACUGUAUGUAACUUGUUAACUUAUUUAUUUUCUCAUUCGAUUUUAAUUUGUCUAAAAGUUAAAUUACUGACUUAUCUGAGGUUGAAGGGAAUGAGCAUCACUAGGUCGAUAAAAAUUAUUAUUAUAAAGAUAAACUACCACUUCAUAUGGAUAUUACCCACAAUCUUUGAAGUCCGUUGUUUAUUCUA